AUGAGCAUUUAUCUCGACACAGAUGAGACCGCUGCUUUGCUCGUAGGCGCCGAGGUGUCGUAUCAGCUGGGCCAAGCCAUCGGCGAAUCUUCCAUCACCACUCCAGCACAAAAGCUGCGAGUCACGGUGCUUGCCGGAAACAGGACAUUGGGCUCCUCUUCAUUGGAUGUUGGAUCCAUCAAUAACGAAAUUCAUUUUGCGCUGGCUGGCCUUUCUCCCAGCCUAGACGCCUACAACUUAACAGUAAAUGCAGCAUUAGCGAAUUCGACCCUAUGUUCGACAAAUACCGCCUUCUCGUAUCUCCCAUAUCCGCCUGACUACGGAAGCGUGGCCAGGCUGGAUAAUUUAUACGGAGGCAUCUACGCGCAGAGAGGCAAGAACAGCUCCUGGGACGUCAUCUUUCCAUACACAUACUAUGUGCAAUGGACCCUCUAUUGGGAUACCGACGUUUCUUCACUUGACGAAUUUGCCUCUUUCGGAUUCAAUCUGGUUCAUAUCGUCCCAACGGGGUCUCUUGGCGAGCAGCCGUUUCCUUGGGCCCAAUUCCAGCCUUACCUUGACCGAGCGGCGGAAUUGGGUAUAUGGCUCCAGUAUGACGUUAUAUGGGAGCCGGAUAACUCGACCGAGAUGAUAGAACAGGUCACUGCCCUGCGCACUCACCCCAGCAUCCUGAGCUGGUAUCAGAGCGAUGAACCGGACGGGAAAAGCAAUCCUGUCAACUCCACCGGCCUUGCAUACAGGAAAAGCAAAGAACUCGACCCCUACCACCCUGUCAGUCUCGCUCUCAACUGCGAGGACUUCUUUUACAGUGAAUACGCUGCUGGGGCUGACAUUAUUGCACCUGACGUGUACCCCAUCUCGACCAAUGCCUCCUACUCGACAGUCUAUGAAACGGUGUGCAACUCGACGUACGGCUGCUGCGGUUGCGAUAACUGCGGGAUUGGCCCGACUGUCUUUGACGACAUUCCACAUCGGCUCGACGAGUUCCGACGCCGGGACGAGCUGAUCGGCUGGGCAAAGACGCAGUGGUUUGCGCCUCAGGCAUUUGGGAACGAGACCUUCUGGGCGAGGUACCCGACCGCCCCCGAGCUGGACGUGAUGACGCUCCUUGCAGUAAACCACGGCGCCAAAGGCUUGACAAUGUGGAAUUAUCCGACAACGUCCGAGCUUUUCAACAUCACCAGAGAUAUGGCUGGGCUUUUCACCGGUACUCUUGCAGCGCCCUUCUUUCUCGGCGCACCGAGAUACCAGGACCUCAAAGUCACAGGCUCCGAUGAUCUCGAUGCUGCGGCGUGGGUGGGCGAGGUGAGCGGGCAGGCGAUGAUCAGCGUGGUGAGCCUGAGUUACUACGAUGGGCUUUUGCCCGUCUCCAUCGCUCUGCCUGAUGGAUUCAUCGCCUCGACGCUUGGAGCUAGCCUGUGGGGGCAUGACGACUGGACAAUUGGGCCCAACGGGACUGUGGUCUCUAGCGAUGGUGUGCGUGGUCUAGCAACGGCUGUAUUUCUGGUCAACUUGUAA